AUGGCCACCGAAGAUGAGCGAUACAGGCAAUCGAGUCAAUUUCGUCUCUGGUCUUUCUCGCCAACCAACCUGCAGGAGCUUAGGGACAAGACCAAUUCACUGGCAAAACAGCAAAUCACAUCACGAUUGGACCCCGUGCCCGACUUUCUCACGGCCGAUGAAGAAGCCCAACUCGUCAAGUUCUUCACCAUCGAGCUCAUUCGAGCUGCGCAGUUCUGCGAACUGCCCACCGAAAUCCGCUCGACGGCAGCCGUGUUUCUCCGGCGAUUCUACAUAACAAACUCCGUCAUGACGUAUCCCCCUACCGAGCUUCUCAAGACGUGUCUGUUUUUCGGGUGCAAGGCCGAAGGCUUCUACAUCCGACUAGCCAAGUUGGCCGAAAAGUUUCCAAGCACUACGAGUGACCAGAUUCUCGCCGGUGAAUUUCUGCUUUGCCAAGGCAUUCGCUUUGCUUUUGACGUCCGACACCCCUUUAGAGCGUUGGAAGGGGCCAUCCUGGAGCUUCGAAAGAGGCUGCCAGAGGAAGAGCCCAGGGUAAACAAUGCACAUGCUCGUGCCAGGGAAAUACUCAAGUUCAGUUCUCUGGUUACGGAUGUGUACUUUCACUUCACACCGAGUCAGAUCAUGAUGGCGUCGCUGUUGAUGGUUGAUUCGGGACUUGUGGACGUUUUAUUUCCCCGGCCUGUCGGGAGUGCAGGGUUGCGUGUUGACGAAGCCAUCGCUACGCAUACCGAUCUCCACGAAAAAAUCCUGACGACCCUAAAGAGCUGCCAAGCCAUGUUGGAAACGGAGCCGCCUGAAAGAAUGACAGAGUAUUGGGGAACGCCCGAAAUCGUCAAAUCGAUGAAGCCUUUGCGGAGGAAGUUGCAAAAAUGCCGAGACCCGGAUCGUGCCAAUCUCGUCGAAUUGCAGCGGGCCCGUCGGGAACAAGCAGUGGCAAAGCCCAAGAACGCGAAUCCUACAAAUGACGGUGCCGUUUUUGGAGACUCGGACUCCAGAGAAGCCAAGCGCCGAAAAGUCGAUAACCCAGACGAUGUGUUUGGUCCAGCUCUAAGGUGA